AUCCAUCCAUCCAUCCAUCCAUCCAUCCAUCCAUCCAUCCAUCCAUCCAUCCAUCCAUCCAUCCAUCCAUCCAUCCAUCCCUCCAUCCGUCCGUCCGUCCGCCUGCCCGCCCGCCCGCCUGCCCGCCCAUCCGCCCGCCCGCCAGUCCGCCCGUCCAUCCAUCCGUCCAUCCAUCCAUCACCCAUCCAUCCCCACCACACCAGUCCAUCCAUAGACGCCGAUGUGUAAGGGGUAUGCAGUUGUCCAUGGUUCAUCUCUCUCUACCCAGAUGUUCUGUGGCUUAUUGUUCCACCGAUGCUGUAUCAAAUUUCCGAUGGCAUAGUAUCAUCAAGUUUAUAUGCAGGAAGCAUGGAGAGCAUGAAGCAGGGAGCGGGGAACAGGUGCAGGGAGCAGGUAGCCGGUGGCAGGUGGUAGGUGGUAGGUGGCAGGUGGCAGGUGGCAGGUGGCAGGUGGCAGGGCGCAGGGAGCAGGGAGCAGGUUGUGCAAACGAAGAGGAGGGGGAUAGAUGAGGCAUUUCAAGGGCCGCCUGGUCAAUGGAACAGGAGAUAGUCACUGGAGGGUAGAGUCAAGGCCAGCCAACCUGCUGGUCCUACGGGGGCUGAGCCAAGGGCCGCCAACUCUACAGUCACAUGGAGUGUGCGGGAGGAAUGUUGCAGCUGCGCUGGAGGCUGGUUCUGAUCCGUAUGAGCCGGAUGGGUGGAGUAAGGAGGCUGGCAGAAGCUUGGAUGUAAGUUGCCCUGGGAUGAUUCGUGUCGGGCUGCAGCUGCAAGCACAAUGGAUGUGGAUGUUACUUACCACCCUACUAGCACAGUGCGGUGCUUCACUGUGUUUCUACUUGUGUCCAUAGCAUGGCAGUGAUGGUUUACAGCUGUCAUCUGAGUCGACUCCAGUUGUGGGUUGCGGCGGAGAUAUCGGCCACGUGCCAGGCUGUGCAAGAGAGGGUAUGGAUGUAGCAGUUGCGGUGCAGACGCAGACACAUGCUAUGCUAGUGUCUCAAUCAGCACAUACCAGAUACAGGAACUGGUACUCAACCAAACGCGCAGAUUCUUAUUGUAGCUAGUUUUUGUAGGUGUGGCUGCUGCUCUGACCCUAGUUGUGAGCUUGUGAUUGAAUUGUGCAUGCAGUGCUGCGAAUGAGCUGAGCCCUCCGGAACAACCGGAAGAUACGGU